UCCUUCAACUCUUCUUUCUCAAUCCCUUUCUUUCCCUCUUUUUCUCCAUUCCCCUGCAUUAAAAAAAGCUUCAACAUUUCAAUUUCAACCCCAUGAUUAUUCCUUCUCCCCAACCGAUCUCCAAGAAACCUCAAAAGGGUCAUUCAGAAAGUAAAAAAAGAUUGUAACUUGGUUCUUCUUUUGAUCUUUCCUCCACCCUUUUCCUCUGUAUCUGUUUAUGGUACAGGAAGCAUGGCUAUUGAGCUUAUAACAGGUUAUGGGGGUGAUAGCUUUGAAGGUAGGAGCAGUGUCAGAGAUAACAAUGCAAUUUCCGUGGAAGAAGCAGCUUCUGCUGGUAUUCAUAGCGUGGAGAAGCUCAUGAAUAUGAUUUCAGAACAGAAAAAUCAUGAUCAACCUCAACAAGAAGAACAGAGUAAUGAUAACAAUGGUUCUGAACUUGGAACUGUUGUUGACAUGGCUGUGAAGAGGUUCAGAGAGAUGAUUUCUCUCCUUGACAAGCCAAGAACUGGUCACGCUCGUUUCAGAAGAGCUCCUCCACCAACAGUACAAUCUGUUCCUCUUCUUCAAUUGCAGCAAACGGUGGAGGAAAAUUCAAAACCCAAAACCCCUUUUUCUUCUUCUCUUGUGAAGCCAGAACAGGGGAAAACAGAGCAAGUCUCUGCUUUCAAGGCUUAUUGCCGCACCCCACUUAUACGCCACCCUCCUCCACCGCUGCAAAAUCACCACCACCACCCUUUGCAUCAACCUUUGCCACCGCCAGAGAAGAAUGAAGCUCGUGGUUCUGUGAAUUUUUCGGUUUCACCAUCAGUUUCUGCUGCUAACUCGUAUAUCUCAACGUUAACAGGGGAGAGUGAAGGUUUUCAACGACCCUGUCGUUCUUCUGGGUUCCAGAUUACUCAUGUGUCCCUGCAAGGAAAUUCUUAUAUGGGUAAACCGCCACUGUCUUCAAAUUCUAUGAAGAGGAAGUGCAAUUCUAUGGAAUUUCCUGGUAUCAAAUGUGGAUCUUCCUCUGCACAGUGUCAUUGCUCCAAGAAAAGGAAAUUGAAGUUGAAGCGAGUGAUAAGAGUGGCAGCUAUUAGUUCUAAAACUGCUGAUAUCCCACCUGAUGAAUAUUCCUGGAGAAAAUAUGGACAGAAACCCAUCAAGGGCUCUCCUCAUCCUAGAGGUUAUUACAAGUGCACCAGCGUGAGAGGAUGCCCUGCACGCAAACAUGUGGAGCGCGCUGUAGACGAUUCCAACAUGCUUGUGGUCACCUACGAAGGAGAACAUAAUCACUCGCACACAGCAUCUGAGGUGGCUGCAAAUGUUGGUGUUCCUAAAUCAUCGUCUUAGUACAUGUUUGCAAAUCUUUCAACUAUUAAUUCUGAAAUCAAAUUCAAUUAUGCAGAGAAACUUGUGUUGGUAGAAGUUUUUGGUAUCAGAAUUGAUUUUGAUGAAUCAAAUGCAGAUUAAUGUGCUAAAAGUAUUGGUUGAUCCCAAUUACUGUUGAUCCUUCAAAA